GGAGAGGCUGUUGUUCAUACGUGCGGUCGGACGUUGAGGUCGCCAGGUAAGUUAUCAUUUCAGACUCGCAAAGCUAACAACAUUUCGCUUUUUUUUACCAGUCUCGACGACCGACCGCACUGUGUUGUUCACGGUGCAGUCUUUGGUCAAUCUUUCUCAUCUCCGUCCAUCCGCUGGAGAUCCGAGUUGUACUCGGAAAUCCACGCGCUUUCCAACUCCAACGGUAGACUUCGAUGAGAGCGUGGUCGCUCUUCCCCAGCACGACUUCGCAGCAACUACGAGCAUGCCCACGCAUGAUAAACGGCCACUGUCCUUUCUAUUCCCCACGGCGUACCAACGCGAGCCCGCCCAGUCGUUCAACCGCAACCACUGCCCUCACGGCGGUCAACCCGUUGAGCCGUUCACGCAGACCCGCCCUAUCUGUCACCCACUGCCUCGCUCGAUCAGCACGGCUCACGAGCGGGUCGACGUAUGCAGGAGACGGCGACCCCGGCGACGGCGAUGUUAGUGAAAGAGGACGGAUGGAAUGGGUAUUAUGGGAGGGGUGCCAAAGCGCGCUCUGCGACCUCGAAGCCCUCGCAAGAAUGCACGCGAUGCAUCGUGCCCGCACCUCGCGGAUCGCCCAUCUCUUCUUACCUUAUACGAUGACCAGUCGCCCGCUCGCGCGUUCUUCACCACUACGGCACGCGAAUCGGCCGCGUUCUCUGUUCGCCGCCACCGCCUUACCAACGCCCGACGCGAUGCGCCGAUUGUGCAGACC